UUGGUUAUAGCUCUGUGACACUGCAUGACAGUCUCUGACCAGGAUACACACCCAGGCCAGUCGAAUUGUUACGUGGGGGAAGUCAAACAUUGCACGUCGAGAUUGUGGCCUUAUUUCCGGAUCAUAGAGUCAGAACGUGGUGCUAGAAGGGACUCUGCCAACUAGCUCCUCUAUUUCCGGGUGUAUGAACUCUGCAUGUUUCCGAGGGGGGUUGAUUCCGCCGGCUUCAGACGCUCAGCGGGGAAGUAAUUACAUUCACCCGAGCUGCGGGGAAGAGAGCAGCAACAGAUAUGUCUGAGAACACCACACCUUAUGAUGACACAUUACCUGCAGCUGAAGGCCAAGAGGUGCUGACAAUGGCUCAAGAUUCACCUAGAAAUGAAGUAGCUGAAAUUACUGUGACCAGCAAUGGAGAAGUUGAUGACACAUCAGAGCAUAGUUUUAAUUUGGACCUAAAGCGUUCAAUAUCAGCUGGACUUGGACUUUCCGAAACGCAGAUCACUUCACAUGGCAUUGAUAGCACCGCAGAAGGUAUCGUUGAAUCGGGGCCCUUUCAAGGUUCCUUCACUUCUCCCAGGUAUCCAGUAAUAUCCCCUAGCAGUACAGCAGCUAGCAGACUGGCUGGCCAAGAAGAUGAUAUAAUUGUUCCCUCAGCUGAGCAGCAGAGGAAACAGCAGACGAGUGGCCCGGUUGUUCUUGCAGAGGAACCUAGAAGCACAGCUGUUGAAAAACUUGAGCUUGUUAGAAGAUGGAGCCUUAACACAUACAAGUGUACGCGCCAGAUCCUCUCUGAGAAACUAGGUCGUGGCUCCAAAACAGUGGACCUGGAGCUGGAGUCCCAGAUAGAAAUCCUUCGAGAUAACAAAAAGAAGUACGAGAAUGUUCUGAAGCUGGCACAAACUCUCUCCACGCAGCUCUUCCAGAUGGUACAGACCCAGAGGCAGUUGGGAGAUGCUUUUGCUGACCUCAGCUUGAAGUCUCUAGAGCUCCAUGAGGAGUUUGGAUACAAUGCAGAUACGCAGAAACUUCUCGCCAAAAAUGGGGAGACUCUCCUGGGGGCCAUGAACUUUUUUAUUUCUGGUGUCAACACUCUAGUUAACAAAACCAUUGAAGACACCCUGAUUACUGUGAAGCAGUAUGAAGCAUCCAGGAUUGAGUAUGAUGCAUAUCGUACAGACCUUGAAGAACUGAACAUGGGCCCACGUGAUGCCAUCACAAUGCCGAAGAUUGAACAGUCGCAGCAGCUUUUCCAGAGCCACAAGGAGAAGUAUGACAAAAUGCGGAAUGAUGUUUCUGUCAAACUCAAGUUUCUGGAGGAGAACAAGGUAAAAGUACUGCACAAUCAACUUGUCUUGUUCCACAACGCAAUAGCCGCCUAUUUUGCCGGAAAUCAGAAGCAGCUGGAAGAGACGCUGAAACAGUUCCAUGUGAAAUUGAAAACCCCAGGCGUGGAUGCCCCAUCCUGGUUGGAAGAGCAGUAAUAAAUACAUUUU